ACGUAUCGACAAUGUACGGUACUAUUCAGCAUCCCCUCUAUCUUGUCAAUUAGCCCACCCUUCCUGCGAUCUAUAUCUAUUGCGAAAGGUUUGUGCAUCUGUCCCUAACUUCCUUAUCCUUGUCCGUUAUUCAUGCCAUACACCCUCCCUUACUGCCUCUUGAUCUCGAGAAUGGACCUCUACUUGUAUGGCAGAUUGGCGUCACGAAUUCCGUCGAGGCGAACCCUCCAUGCGCAGUCCUUCCCUACUCUUUCCGUGUGUUCACAGAACGAGAGGCACCGCCGAAGUCGAGAAAGUUGUUUCGAGAACAACUUCCUCCGACAAAAACAUCAGCAUCGCAAAGCGCAUACACGGCGCAACAUUACAUCCACAGCUUACGACACCGCAGAGUCCGCUUCGCAGCCCUCAGACAUGCGCCCACCCAGGCCAUUGGCAUGCAUCCCCUUAGAUUCUCUGGUGCGCUCAUACAUCAUCACCUCGAUAUCAUCCGUCCCGUUUCUGCUUCGCCCUUCGUUAGCUGCCAUGACCUUCCUCGCUCACACAAAGUCCCGUCUGUUCAACCCUGACCGCAAUCCGAUCCUCCACUCACUCCUCAAACACACCUUUUACGCGCAAUUCUGUGCUGGCGAGACUCCAUCAGAGGUCCAAAGGACAAUUACAAACUUGAAGAACACUGGUUUCAAAGGAGUCAUAUUGGGCCACGCGAAAGAGGUGGUCCUCAGUAAAGAAGAGGCCGAUGGCCUGAAUGAGCCCAAGAAUGCGGCAGUACAAGCCCAGGUUGACGCCGAGGAAAUUGCCACAUGGAGACAGAACACCAUUGAUACGGUGGAUCUUGCACAGCAGGGCGAUUUCGUCGCGCUGAAAUUCACGGGAGCUGGACGUCAGGCGCUCCGACAUCUCAAGGCGACAAUUGCGUGUUCGCCAGAGUUCGAGGAGGCUGUACACGAUAUCUGCAAGCGAGCUCAGCAGAAAGGGGUCAAGCUUUUGUUUGAUGCCGAGCAGGCAUCGUUGCAACAAGGCAUUGACAACUGGACAAUGUACUUCGCAAAGAGGUAUAACCGUGAACACGCUUUGGUAUACGGCACCUACCAGGCCUAUGCUAAGAGGACUCCACAAAAUCUGGCAAGUCAUCUUGAGCUGGCUCGAAGAGAAGGCUUCGUGCUCGGCGUGAAACUGGUGCGAGGGGCCUAUAUGGGCAGCGAUCCGCGGGAGCUGUUCUGGGCCACCAUCGACGAGACCCACAAAUGCUACAACGGCAUCGCGAGGAGCAUCCUGCAACAACGAUACCAGGGCAUCCUGCAGCCCGUGGAGGGGGGCUCCACGGAAUUCCCUCGGGUUGCUCUCGUGCUCGCCACCCACAAUGCUGAAUCGGUAAGACUAGCCAGCGAACUUCGAGAUGAGCAAGCGCGCACUGGUGCACCCCGGAUCGAACUGGCAUACGGCCAAUUGAUGGGGAUGGCGGACAACGUCAGCUACGAGGUGGUACAGCGGGCAAGGACCCGUCUAGCGUCGCACGACAGCAACGGCAGCGUGGAGGUCCCAAGGGCAUAUAAAUAUUUGGUUUGGGGCAAGAUGGGGGAAUGCAUGAAAUAUCUUCUUCGCCGUGCCCAUGAAAAUCGAGACGCCAUGACCAGGACAGUCGAAGCAAGGCGGGCAUUGGGUCGGGAGUUGGGCAUCAGAAUGGCGUUCUGGCGCUGAGCGCGACAAGACGCCACGAUUGGAAGGCGAAAGGAAAAUAUGGAUCGGUCUUGAUUGGCACAUGUGAUGACUUUUGUAGGUUCCCCUCGGCUUUACGAGCAGCUGCUCUGAUAUGUUUUUCGCGGUGGCUCUUAUCAAAGCGCUGAGAUCCAGAUGUCCACGGACCACAGACCAUUGACCAUAGGGCCUGGUGUCUCGCGGGGUGGAGUAACGAACAGUUGGUGACGGGACAUACAAAUGAGAAGAGAUUCCCACCGGGACUGGGAGGAGCAAACAAAUUCCCACUCCCUCUGUCUAAGAAAUCUAAAGGAAGCCAGUCCAUCGAAAAUCUUGACCUUGACGUCUUGAGAGACAAACAAACCAGCUCUUUUAUCUUGGUUCGGGUAGCUGCUGCUUGAUGCCACACCUGCACUGCUGUCGCUGAUCUGUAGCGGGAGCCUUCCUUGACUUCUUUGUUUCCCCAGGCAUCCAGACCGCAGAGUGAAGUGGCGACAGGACCAAACCAAUUUGUU